UUCUAUUAUUACGCAAUGGCUUAGAGGGCAGUGCUUUGCCACAUAAUUACAGAGCCAAUCUGUAUUAGGACCAGGAGUUUGGAUGUUUCUUUCUGUACCAACUAUUCGCCUCCCGCCCACUCAAGCCUCCUCUCUGACACUCUUAGCUUCUUUUUGUAUCCUUGUGCCUCUGGUUUCUGGUUUUCUCCCUUUCCUGUGCUACAUAUUUGUUUAUUGCAGAAGUGAGGGGUCUGACUGAGUCGUGCCUGCACGGAUUCCUAUGCAGCACAAAGCACUUGCUGUAUGUUGCAUCGUCAGAAGAGGAGUCUCAGGGAUUCACAAGCUUGGACUUCACUGAAUCAGGCUGCAUCUGACAAACAAUCUUGUCUGCAUUUUGGUUUGCUAGAGAUCAACCGGGAUUUUUUCUGAUUCUAUCUUCUUUUGAAAAAAGGAUGCAUGGCAUAGAAAGAAGGUCUAAGUGCCUGUCUGAGACUAUUUUACCAAACCUGGGAUAAAUGUUACUUCUCAAAGGCACUGAAGUGAGACUGAGAAGCCUGUAGUUCCUGGGGUCCUGCUUCUUGAUCUUCCUGAAAACUGGAACCAUGUUCACCAACUUCCAGUCAGCUGGGAUCUCUCUGGAUUCCCACAAUCGUUAGAAAAUCAUCAAGAGAGGUACUGUUGCGUGAUUUACAAUGGAAAAAUUGCUCUGCAGCAUCCUGGUGUUUGGAAUGGCUGUCACGGUCAAUGCUUGUCCCAAAUAUUGUGUCUGUCAGAACUUGUCUGAGUCACUGGGGACUUUGUGUCCCUCCAAGGGUCUCCUUUUUGUGCCGCUGGACAUAGAUCGAAGGACUGUUGAACUCCGUCUUGGGGGCAACUUUAUUAUUAAUAUCAGCCGACAGGAUUUUGCCAAUAUGUCUGGACUUGUCGACCUUACUUUGUCCAGAAACACCAUCAGUUACAUACAACCCUACUCUUUCACCGACUUGGAGAGCCUUCGCUCUUUACAUCUGGACAGCAACAGGCUGCCUGACAUUGGAGAGGAUAUUUUGAGAGGCUUAAUUAACCUUCAGCAUUUGAUUUUAAACAACAACCAGCUAAGCAGCAUUUCUGAGGAAGCCUUUGAGGAUUUUUUGCUGACAUUGGAAGACUUAGACCUUUCCUACAAUAACCUCCGAAGCAUUCCCUGGGAAUCUAUAAGAAGGAUGAUAAAUUUGCACCAGCUCAGUUUAGAUCACAACCUGAUAGAUUAUAUAACAGAGGGGACGUUUGCAGAUCUUCAGAAACUGGCCCGAUUGGAUCUAACAUCCAACAGACUGCAGACUCCCCCUGACCCUAUAUUUGCCAGAUCUCAAGUAAUUCCAUUAGCUGUUACCCCGUUUUCUCCACCCUUGUCUCUCAGCUUUGGGGGAAAUCCACUGCAUUGCAACUGUGAGCUACUGUGGUUAAGGCGACUUGACAGAGACGACGAUAUGGAAACUUGUGCUUCUCCUCCAGGUCUAAAAGGAAGGUACUUCUGGUACGUGCGGGAAGAAGAAUUCGUUUGUGAGCCUCCUCUUAUCACACAACAUACUCACAAGUUGCUGGUUUUAGAAGGGCAAACUGCCACGCUGAAAUGCAAAGCCAUUGGGGAUCCCACUCCCAUCAUUCACUGGGUAGCUCCCGAUGACCGUUUGAUCGGAAACUCUUCGAGGACAGCUGUCUAUGACAAUGGCACCUUAGAUAUACUCAUCACCACCUCCAAGGAUUAUGGAACUUUCACAUGCAUAGCAGCGAAUGCUGCCGGAGAGUCCACUGCAACAAUUGAACUCUCAAUUGUUCAGCUUCCCCAUCUCAGCAAUGGCACAGGCCGAUCAGCUCCCCCAAAAUCCAGGCUCUCGGACAUCACCAGCUCCACCAAGUCGAAUCGUGGGGAAACAAAAAGCCCGCCAGAAAGGGCUGUCCUGGUGUCAGAUGUGACCACUACCUCAGCUUUGGUCAAGUGGACAGUGAGCAAGUCGGCCCCUCGGGUAAAAAUGUAUCAGCUGCAGUAUAACUGCUCGGAUGAUGAAGUCCUGAUCUACAGGAUGAUACCAGCUACAAACAAGGCUUUUGUUGUAACCAACCUUGUUUCUGGAACAGGCUAUGACCUCUGCGUCCUGGCAAUGUGGGAUGACACAGCCACGACCCUUACUGCCACCAAUAUUGUGGGAUGUGCCCAGUUCUUCACCAAAGAAGACUACCCUCAGUGCCAGUCGAUGCACAGUCAGUUCCUGGGUGGGACCAUGAUUCUGAUAAUUGGAGGCAUCAUUGUGGCAACUCUGUUGGUAUUCAUUGUAAUACUCAUGGUCCGCUAUAAGGUCUGCAACAAUUCCCAAGGGAAGAUGUCUAAUGUCAGCAAUGUCUACUCACAGACAAACGGAGCACAACCAGUUCAGAAUGGAGUCCUGCCCCAAGUCAAUCCCAAAGUGGUGGUGAGGAAUGAACUUAUGGAGUUUAAUUGUCAGUCUGCACGGAGCAGCAUCUCCUCUUCCUCCAGCUCUGCAAAUAGUCGUGACUGUGACAACUAUAGCCUCCAAAGUGAACAGGGCACAUUGUCCAGUAAAUGGAGGCCUCCUUCCAGGUCAAAACACAAUAUUGACCGGUUAAUGGGAGCUUUUGCCUCCCUGGAACUGAAAUGUCAGAAAAAGGAGGAAAUGACAGACUCCAGAACUUCCACGGUGGCCCGCCACUCGGACAAAGAGCCACUGCUGGGCCAGACGGAGUCAAAAUUGCGCAGCUUCCUCAUGUUGCCUCUGGAGGGCAAAACCAAACGUAGCCAUUCUUUUGACAUGGGGGACUUUGCUACAUCUCAGUGUUGCACCUACCCAAAAAAGAUAACAAACAUUUGGACAAAGAGGAGCCUCUCGGUCAACGGCAUGCUUUUGCAGUAUGAUGACAAUGACCUAACAGGGGCAAAAGGGACUUUCGGGAGCUCAGAGUGGGUAAUGGAAAGCACGGUGUAAAUAUCAGUGUCUCCCCCCUCCUCUUCUCCCUUCAUAUGUUAUAAAGCGUGGUUUGCUUCAGGACCAUGCAAUUGGAAAGAGAGGGGAGGAAACAUUUUCAGUUGUACUGGCCAAAAAGAUAGAUAAGCAAGUAAGUAACAGGGAUAUUAAAAGAGCAAGAAGGUCAUGAAAUGUGAAUAGGCACGUAUGGCACCAUUCCUGUCUGGCCCCAACUAAACCAUGCGUGAAUGUUUCAAGGAAUUUGCUAGUUGUAUUUAGCAUUACUUUCCAAAAGAUACUUAGACUCUUGGUGAACCACCACACAAGAUUAAACAAGGAGGAUGAAAAGGGGUUUAACAGGAGAAAUUCAAUAUUUACAGGGUUCCUUUUUUUUCUUUUUUUUUUUUUUUUUUUAAAGGGCACCUCUUUCUUUUCUUUUAACCACAGAAAUACAGUUCUGUGGAUAUGACUGGUGCUAGGAUAUAUCUGGUUGUUAUUGCAAAUGAUUUUCUCAAAAGUGCAGGCAUGGCACCCACAGGGACAGAUCAGAGCAAAUUGUUCAGCAUAAUCUCAUGGUGUUAACUGUGACAUCUGGGCAAACAAUAUUUGUUGCUGAGUGGGCUUUUGGUUGGGAUUUAAUAACUUCUGUUCAGUUUUGAUUUUUUUUUUCGCCUCAACAGAAAGUAUGUUUCCAUGCAUUUUUUGGUUUUGUUUUUGGUCUCAUCAAAUCCCCAAGAUUAAAAGGAGGUAUGUACAAAGGUCAAAUUUCUGAUGUUCUGUAUAAUCCACCUCUAGUAACAUCCCUUUCUGUCCUAGAAAAAACUAAAUCAAGGGACAAAUAAAUAAAAAAAAAUAUCCUUUUUCUUCCAUCUUCCUCAUAGUCUCUGCUUGAGGCAGAUUGCAGCAGCUAUUGGUAUCUGUAAGGGUGUUGCUAUCAAAGAUGGGAAAAAUAGUUAUCAAGAUUUUGUAUUAAAGGAUAAAGAAAGGGAAAACAAAAGUAGCCCCACAUUAUGAAUACUAAUGGCUUCUGGUGAAGGUCACACUGCCACUCUGUUAACUGCUAAAGGAAACACCAAUCCUAUUGUGACAAAAGCUCCCUGUCUGUACAGUCAUCAUGAUACAGCUUGACUGUACCAGUAUCAUCACAAGAAAAAUAAGUUUUUGUGUAUUUCAGGGGAUUGGGUAUAUUCUAAAUUAGCCACAGCAACUCGGUUAGAUUUGGGUAUCUCAGAGCAGAGGGUCUCCCAUGUGUCCCCUGCAUUAUAUACAGCCCUUGCCCAGUCUCUGGUUUACUCCUGCUUCCCUAUCUCUCAUCCUCAGGAAAAUACUUCCCAAGUAAUAACAGGAGCUCUUUAGGACUUGUAAACUGAUUCUCAAAUUCAUUUUUGGUGAGUGUUGCUGUGGUUGUAAAAAUACACAUGGCAAAUCCAGCUGAACUGAUUGUCCUUAACAAUUUUACUGUGAUUUCUAGCAUUCUGGUGGCUACUGCAACUGUCCUAUCAUUUAUUUAUUAAUUUGUUGGCUCCCAAUGAUCAGCUGUUGGGAGCCAUUCUGAAAUUGCACAUUGUUACUAUUAUUUACAUUGAUUUUGUAAAAGAUGUGGAGAAAGGGUGCAAGGCACAGAGAAAAUAACACAUGAAAAAACUUUAUGUAUAUUUUUUUUAAAGGUUCAGAGAUAUAUUGUGACAUGGCUGUGUACUUGAUCUUGUAUUCGUCAUGUUUCCUACUUGGAGUUUUAGAUAAUGACAUCCCUGUGAUCAGAAUAUUUUUUCCUUUUUUUUUUUUUUUUUUUUUUGCUACAAAAUGUACAGUAAAAAACUUACCUGGGGAAAAAAAGUACCUGCUUUUCAUUUGUUUGUUGCUCUGUGGUCUGCUUUGAAACCUAAGUAAGGAGGAGAAAUUAUUUUUUUAAAUUAUCUUGAAAAUUUAGAUGCUUACUUUCUCUUUUUCAAAAAUUGUCUUUCACUUUAGCAUUUUAGGUAUAAAAUAACAAUCAAGAAAUUCAUAUCUUUUUGGAAUGCAUUAGAAAAGAUCUUGUAAAAAACAUUUCACCUCUUUUUCUGUUGUUACAUUCAUACAGAUCUAUAUUACUAAUGUAUUUUAAACCCUGAUCCAAAAUCUGCAGAAAUAAGAGGUAGCCUUUUUUGACUAAGGUCCUGACUUUCUGGAGGUUUUUGCUCAGAUUGUUGCUCAUAAAUACAUUAAUAGAUUCAAAAGAUAUCCAGUCAAACUGUUUGAAGCGUUUUUCAAACCCUGGUCUUCUCGUGCUUUCCAUGAUGAAUGACACCUCUAGUGCCAGAAUCUACAUAAUCCAACUGUCCAGAUGGCACCUUCAUAUCAACUAUUAAUAACAUAUACAUUUAUGUUGCACUAAAAGCUCUUACAGACAUUCAUGUAGUUAGUUAUUUUCUUAUCCUUGUUCCACUGCACUGUGGUUGGGCUUUUUUGUUAGAUUGCUGCUUCACUCUGAACAUGACAUCUGGGUUGCUUUUAAUUUAGCCAUUAAGUUCAUCCUCAAUAUUAGUAGUAUAUGAAACUGUGAGUUUUCAAAGUAUAUCCUAUACUGUUUUCUUUCUCAGAGAUGAAUACUUCUUUUUCACUUUCUGAUACAAGAUUAAAGGAAAUAAGCCAACAGAUGCAGUUCUAAAAUAAGGGAUAGUUGCAAAAAAAAAAAAAAGGUAAUAAAUUCCACACUCUAACAUCUGCACUUAUUACUGUUAAUCAUGAUAUUAAUUCAUUUGUCUUUCAUGAAUGAGGCUCAAUCCACAUUUAGCUGAUUUACAAAUACUGAGCAAAAUGAACCAGGAACCCAGCAAUUAUCUUUGGUGCUCACAGCAUUUGGGAGGAAGAGAACUCAGGACCUAUAGGUGAAGGAGGGCGCCCCAGAUCAAGUCUGCAAGUGGUCAGCUCUGCCUGAUUAUUCUUCUGUAGCUCUUCUGCGUGGUAGAAAUUCUUCCUUGUUUCGCUUCUGAGCACAACUGCACAUCAGUGACUGGUGAAAUGAUAUAUAGAUACCCACUUAUCUGGGUGUAAUAAAUAUUUUCACACAUCAUCGAGAAGCUGAGCUGGCUCCAACGGCCUAGUCCUCUUAUCGCAGAAACCUACACUGAGAAAUUUACACAGUGUUUCACAAGUUAAUAUGUGGUAGUGUGAUGUGAAGCUGCACCAACUGUACUUUAGGGGCAAGUGUCAGGUAAAGUCAGGAAAGUAAGGAAAAUAGCAGAGAUCAACAAGAGACUUCUGAAAAAAAGAAGUCUGGGAAAUUAAAGGUGUUUGAGAAUUUAAAGUAAAGCCCAUGGGAAUAAUUAAAGACAUCUGCGUAUGCAUAUGUAGCCCCUGUUAGGUUUUUGAUAUGUUUUAUAAUAGUGGAACUAGCUUUUUUCCUAAAAAUAUAUGCCAUUGACUUGAAAGAUCAGGAUAUGAUCCCACUGUGAAAUUCUGCAUACACCCCUGAUAAAAAAACCCAACCCAAAUCCCCAAAAUAUUAUCCCGGAGAAUAUUAAACAAGAUGAUGAAAUGGAAAUUUCUGAAAGUAGUGAUUAUGGGGAUUUCAUUUGCUGUCUGCUAGGAACCAAGUGGUUUAUGAAAAGAAAAUAAAGUGCGUGUGUGUGUGUGUACGUAUGAAUAAGAAAGCAGCCCAUACCAUUUCCUUACAUUUAUAUCCUAGAAGAUUUCAUUAAUAGGAAUUAUCUACUGUGCAGGGCUAAGGGUUGGACCCUUGUGGGUCUCCUCCAACUCAGCAUAUUCUGUGAUUUCAGGUUCAAAUGUCCUGAGUAUGCCAGCUCUAGAGAACAGUAAACUUUCUUAGAGGAAGAUAACCCGUUCUAUAUGUCCUCAAACUACACCCUGUACUUUGUUACAAUUUGGAUUAAUUCACUUGUAAAGCAAUGCAUAACAAAGAAAGAGAGUUACCUUUGCACUGCAUGAUGCAAGACUGAAAAUGUGGUGUCUUUUCCUUUGCUAAACCUGUUUCUAUCCCAGACCAUGGGGUUGAUCUGCUCUGGAAACAGGAGAAAAUAAUAUUCCAGAAGACUCUGCUUGUUUAAUUUCUCACUCUUCACCCAGCAAAGGGUUGCAAAAACAGUUGACCAAAAAGAGGUCUUGGAGAUUUCUGAGUGUAAAUAAAUGCAGCAACAGUUUAAGCACUUUCUAACCUGGAGGGUAAGGAAUAAUUCCACCUGAUAACCACGAAAAUAUUUAGGUCUUUGAACAGCCUGAAUGUCACAUCUGUUUGCAAUACUUUGCACCCAUUAAGCACCGGGUAACCCACAGUACACCAUAUGGUGCACAAAACACAUCUUUCUACCUCUUGCAGCCUAUUUCUCUGGAACCUUUUCCAAGUAAUUCUCUGUGUUCAGUGUUUGUAAUUUAAUACUUGGGCAAUUCUGGAAACGUAAUAAUAUUCUGUGUGUGGAAUUACCAAGGGACAUUAUUAGCAUCUUGCAUGUUUCACCUUUAAAUUUCCCUAAACAUGAUGAGUGGAUCCCUCCGAAAACAUUAGAUUUGGUUUUAGGCUGUAGGCCAGAUAAAAACCCAAUCAAAGAGUCCCUCAAAAACCUUACUUUCUAUAUAGAAAUUUUAUGUUCUGCAGUAUGUUUUCCUUGCUCUAAUUAAUUACUACUUAAUCCCCCAAGGUACAGCAUUCCUUAGCUGCUGUCAAAAGGCCCUACUAUACAAAACAGUGCCAGAUGCUUAUUCCCGAUAUUACACUCUCAGCAGAUGGCAAAUGUCAGAGAUAUAAAUAUAUACCCAGAUACAGAUAUAUCAGCCAUUGCAUGUGUUUCUAUUUGUGCAUAUAUAUGCACGUGCACACAUUUAUAUGUUGCGCUCUUAAUCUGUAUGGUUUGUGGUAUAGAGAUUUCCUAGUUUGGUAAUAAGGGAACAUUUACAUUUUUUAUGAAGUACUAAUGGGAGGAAGGGAGGGAGAACAGAAACUUCCUUUUAUAAGAAGCAGAUUAGUAGAUAAUCUGCAUCUCAUCCCAGCUGGGAGAGAUCAGUGCUUCAAAUGAACUUAAUUGGAGGUGAAAGAAUUCAUUCGUUUCCUAUGACCACAGGGAAGGCUCAGCUCCUACGUUAGGGCAUUUAUGCAGCUGAUGCUCGCAUCACAUGCUGUAGAUAAGUCUCCUGUCAAUGAGGAUUGGUGUUUUGCAGGGAGACAAGCAGCCAUAGGGAGCUGCUCUGCAUACACUGUCCCUGUUUGUGAUCUUAAAUGUGCUGACAAUGCUGUACUUUAAUUUGUUAGUGUGAUUGUUUCUUGGGAGAGGGCAGCAUUACAUGUUAUACUCAGUCAUAUGUGGAGCCUGGACACAAGGCUAGGGAAACUGGUGGAAAAGAGAAACAUUGAAAAUCAAUGGCCUGUAUUAGGAGAAAAUAAAUCCUGACUAAAAUCCAUAGUUCUUAGUUUGUAAAUAGGAGAGGAAAAUGUUCCAUUAGUUAUUUGUACAGUUACAGAGGUGGGUAUCAACUUAUGGUUAAAGUUUGCCCAUAAUAUUUUUCAUGCAAUGAGAAAUUGAAUCGAUAUUUUCAUUACACUUUUCAGGUUUCUUGUGUGUGACUACUCUAUUUUAAAUGUAUUAACACUCCUCUUCUCUACAAUGAACAGUGGAGGAACAUUUUAAUACUGAGAUGUAAAUUACUGCCUGUACCGUUUAUGAUUCAAAGAUGGGUGUCUGAACAGGAAAAAGAGAUUGCUGUUCCAGGGAAGUUGUUCCUCUUGGACAGUAUUACUGGUACACCAGCAUGAAAUGUAGUAUCUGAGAAGGGAAAGGCAAGGCUGCAUGAAGGGAAAUAUCUACUUUAUACCCUAAGACUUACUAAGACUUCAACAAAAAUCUGAAGAGUGGAUGUGUUAAUCUUCCUUCUUUUGAACAUAACUCAGAGUUGUGAAACUAAAAAUAAUUAGGCUCAUAGUUCUGAUGUGCUAUAUACACAAAAAUGGUUCUCGUUGGACAGAUGUGAUCCGAGUAUUGCUGCAGCAGAGAGCUGCAUGCUGGGCAUCAGUAGGAACUGGUGUCAUGCACAAAGGCUGAUGAAGCAGGAUCUCCAGGAGAGGAUCACAGGAGAUGUCACAGCAUGAUGGGAGGCUUGGUGAUAUAGGAACAGGUUAGACCUGGCUAGUCCAAUAAAUUGCUCUUAUCCUAGUAUACUGUGACAGUGUUCAAUACUAGUUAUUUCAGAGAAAGCACCUCUAGGAAAACUUCUGAGAGCUUUGACAGAGCUCUGAAUGAUUCCUCUUGUUUUGGAGUUCCUGCCUCUGAGUCUGUCAAGCCUGACUUUAAAAAAAGCAGUCCUUGUCAUCUGAGAUUGGGUUGCCUGAGGCACUUGGAAAUGGACAGGUGAGUAUUGCAGAGAUUAUGAGAAUAUUCCUCAUUUGAAAAAAGACCAGAGUGCACCUCCUGUGUGCCUCACUGUAGCUAAAAACAGAAAAAAGUGCACAGCAACAGCAACAACAUUAAAACCCAUAGCUACUUUACUAAAUAUGAAACUCUGUGCCAUAAUGCAAAAAAAAAAAAAAUCAACAACAAAAAAACCAAAACCAAACAAAAACAAACAAACAAACAAACAAACAAAAAAACCCACCACCUCAAAUAGUGACUUUCUCACAUGUUUCUGAGAAAAAAAGGCAAGAUAUUUGUUCACACUUUCAGAUAUAGAAUCAUAGAAUCAUAGAAUUAACUGGGUUGGAAGAGACCUCCGAGAUCAUCAAGUCCAACCCUUGAUCCAGCCCCACAGUGAUGCCUCUGGAUAUGCACAUAAUACAAAAUUUGUAUAGAAAAAAUGUUUCAUGGUCUAAGAGACCAUUGCAUACUAUGUGUGAUAGUAUUUGGAGAUGAGAUAAGAAACACUCAGUACAGCAUCAAUUUGAUCCUAAGAAACUGAUGUUCCAAAAUUUAAGGUCAGUAUAAAAUGUUGUUCUUUUUGUUUUGGUUUUUUUCCCUUGUUUAAUACAAGGCCAUAAAUAAUGGUUUUCUACUGAAGAAAACCCCAGUGGGAUUGUGGACCUUUAAAGUUGAGUUGUGAGGCUGGUGCUAAGCUCAGUAGGUGCUUAAAAAUGCAAACAGGCCUGGGGCCAUUAUUACAAAUGCUUUUAACAGCUGCCAGAGAGCCUCGGCUUGCUAUAGGGUUGUGCUGCUACACAAAGCCAUCCAAAAUGAUGACACAGAUUCAAACAAUUGAAAUAUAGCUGCCUAUAAUAGGUUGAGUGUUGACUAAUGGUCAGUACUGGUUAGAAGUGAUGAAUACAGAGGACACCAACACAGUUUUGGCUGCAACUUCUGGGUUACAGUUAUCUGCACCUGCUGGGUGCCCAAAUCACUGCGUUGCUGCCAGACUUGGCCACCCAGAGUCUGAGGGAGAAGCCACUUGGGUUGGAUUUUGUUCACAGAGACUAUCAAGCACAAUCUUGAAUGAGGGUUAAGGAACAUUUCCCUCCUUGGGGAAUUUGGGUAUAGAUGUCUCCAAGACGUCAGUCUGGAAGGAGGACCCCAUUUCAGCCACCUAGGUCAGCCUGUGACAGCUUGAGUUUAUUUGAGAGGGAAGGAACAUAUAUCUCUAGCCUGGCCUUCUGGAACUCAUCACCUCUGUCUCUUCCACCCCUCCAGCCCUCAACAAAGUUUCAUUCCUCCUCUAUUCCUUUUCUUAGUGAUUUAUCAUUUGAUUUCAGGCGAAAGGACAUUUUAUCUACCACACACUGCAGGAGAAUUAACAUAGCUGAUUUGCUUCCUGACCAUACUCUUUUCUCAGUUACUCUACUGCAACUUUUGCUUCUGACUGCAGUGAUUGAUGAUUACAAUUACAGUUGUUUGAAUUAUUCAGUGUAAUAAGACAACCAGAUGAACUGAGAUCCUUCAUCACUCACAAAAUGAGGACUCAAAUUUCCCAGGAUGUAUCUGUCAUCAUCCUCUAGUGUUCUUUCCAUGGGUACAAGAACACAGUUCAGUAGUGGAGGCCUUGCUACCUUUUCACUUCUGCUUAGUAUUUUGGAAGUGGUCGUUUCAGGAUGAUUUCCUCAGAACAGUCACAAAGCAAACAGAUUUACUGACCAUAUAUACACUGACUAAACAGACCCAUUGGUUUGUCAUUGUUCCAGCAGGAUAUGAAGUAUAGCCCUUAGGAAUAUCAAACUGGUGACCCAGUUUUCAAACAGGUAAAAGAUAUUACUGUGUCAGAUAUGUUAGAUUUGUUAUUAAUGUCACUAUGUUUAAACUGUGUCUGGCAUUAAUAUGGAUGAUACCAGGUGAAGAGCUUCAGAAUUAAUCUCUAGGGUAGGUAACCUAGAUCUUAUUUUAGUGAGGAGAGUAUCUCCUACCCUUCAGGUGCCUUAUCUUCUCCUGAAUAUUUCUGAGUAUCUGCUCUAUAUGUUUAAUAAGAUGAUUACUGUAUAUAUUUAUUUUAUAUAUCUACAUAACUUCAUUCCCAUAAAUAUAGAAUGCAGUGUGACAUGUUGCCAUUAUCCAUAAUACUAGUGGCAUGUAUAGAUAGGGCAUACUUCAGUUCAGAAUGAAAUCCUGUGCAUUAGACCACAUAUCUCCCCAAAUCAAUCUAGAGUAAAUAUCCACUCUUAUAUCCCAAGCACAAACUUUAGUUGAAAAAUUAGUGCUAAAUAUGAAAUAACAACAGAAAUAUCUACAUAUACUUUCUGCAUAAAACAUCAAAGCCAAAAUUCUGAACAGAGGUGGGUCUAAAUUCUUCUGGUCUUAAUCUCCCUCACAACCCCCAGUGUAACCUAACCAGUGCUAGAGACCUGCAUAAAUUACAGCAGUGCUACAGGUCUAAACUUCUGUCUCCUUUUCUGUCAUCCUUAUCUCACACAUCAGGAUUUGUUUAGCCGCCCUUCCCAAAAGAGCUGGGGAUGAGCUUACCACAAUGGUAAGAGUCUCCCUUGGAUGUUUUGUCCUAUCAUUUUUUACUUGAUACAAAGGAGUGGAUGAUGGAAUGAUGCUCUCUGUACCACCUCUGUUGGUGGUACCCAGCCAGAGUCAAAUGUGUGUGGAGUCAAACCCAGAGAGAGUCAAACCAUGACCCAGAGUCAAACCCAGCCAGAGUCAAAAUGUGUGUGGUUUGCUCACCCCAUAUUAUCUUCACUUCUUAAAUAUUUGUGUCAUUUAUUUUUCAUUGAUAUGACUUCAUGGGGAAUGGUCCUUCUACCACUGUCUGUAUUAGUGCACGGUACUCCCACAUGAGUACAGGCAUUCUCCAUUCAUUAUUUGCUGUUUGUCAUGUCCUCUUCAUUACUUGACCAUAGAAGAACUUAUCCUCAUCCAGCAAGGGACUAGAAGUAAUAACAUUUGUUUCACCACAAGUAGCUGUACAGGGAAUGUAGCAGUUGAAAUUAGCAAUAAAACCAUAAAUCCUAAAAUAAAAUGUUCUUCUUCAAAAAUAUGUGAAAAUGAGACUAAGAUUUGCUAACAUUAGGCAGGAUCAGAAACAAUUCACAAAUGAAAACAUAAUAGAAAUGAAAGAGUUCAAAUUCAUUAGAUUAUUUAUUUGGAAAAUAUAAGCCUAAGAGCUUUAAUGGUGAGUAAAAAUGGAAAUGAUGAUGUUUCCUGAACUGCAGAGCAUCUACCCCAUAUACAGUCAGAGUAAGAAAGUCAGCUGUGAGGCUGACAUAGAGUUAUAGCAUGCAGUUUGCAACACAAGACUGUAUAAUUUCUAAAAGGUUUGUGAAACUCCUGAAGGAGGAAUGCAUUUACCAGAACUGGGAUUAACUAAUAAUAGUUAAUGAAAUUUGUAUCCUAAUUUGAAAGCAUUUUCUUAAAGUCCCUGAUGGAAGGGAAAAGGAAGGUAAUGUGCUCAAAUGAGUUUUGAAAUAAAUAAAUUAUUUUUAAAAAGGCUGAGAGUGGAUUUGCAAUCCAGACCUAAUACUCGGUUUGCUCCUAGUAUCCAGAUUAUAGGGGAUUAUCACAGAUCAAACCCCCUUAACAGAAAGGAGCCUUUUAAAUCCACCUCAGCAUUGCCCUUAUUAGGACUGAAGGAGAGAGGCUCCUUCCACUGGGAGGAAAGAAGCCCUUAAUUCAUGGCUUGUCAGAAGAAAGGCGCUUGCUUCAGCACUGAACCAGGUUAGUUAUGGCCUUAAUUUACACGUCCUGGUGGAAGGGACGAUACCUUUAAGUAAUAAUGAACAAGUGUGCGUUGACAGAAUAAUAAUCACGGAUUGAAAAGGUUACAGCAGAGAAGGUGGUAAAGCGAAGUGCCUGCUUUAAUUCCGCUGGGUGCCAUAAUACCAGGACUCAGGAGCUGCACUUACAAUAUAAAAUAACAUUAGUGUGGCAAUUAGGACUUAAUGGUUUGUGGAGAGAAGUCUGCAAGACUUUAUAAAAACAUCCAAAUUAGUCUGUAUUCAAGUUUUACUUCACUCUCACUUUUUUUUCCUGGCUGUAUUGCCCUCUUCCUCAAAGGCAGAGUUCUCUUAGAACACUAUGAAGAAAUGCUAGAGAUAUCAGGACCACUUCUCAGUUUGUAUAUAUGGGUAUAAUCUCAAGGACAUUUCUGUCAAUUUAUUCAAACUGAAGAAUCUGGCCUGGGGUGCCUCUGAAUAAAGUUGCUGACCUAGAAAAACUCAUUUUCUCCAGUGAGCAGACAAAAAACAAAUCACUAGAUGUAUAUUGACCUGGUGUCCUAUUAAAAAAGUUUUGAGCUCUCUUAAGCUGCAGACAGCCUACAAUCACUUAGAGAAAUAUGACUCAAAUGGGAACUUUUAGAGUGAAUUUAAACUCCAUAAAUUUUGUUAGGAUUCUUUGCUGUUCUCAGAAGGAAGAAGUCACCCAGGUUUCUGGGAGAUAAUUUGGAUUUCUUACAGUUUUCUUUGAUUCUUGUUGGUUCCUGUCACCAUAAUAUCAGGGUGUCAAUGGCCUGGCAGUAUUGAGCUUGGCAGAAAACCCUGGAGAGUAUGUGGAAACUUCUCCAUGUGUGGGAGCUUAGGUUUUUUUGCAGUGCUCUACAUGGCACAAGAUUUUGAACUUCUACAAAAAUAUAUUUCUUCAAUAGUCUUCAUAUGUGAUACCCAUUCAGCACAUCAAAGAGUCAGUGGCUGACAGAGUGUGUAUAAAUCUCAGGCACCGAGGCAAAAAUAGACAGCGCCAGUGUCUCCAUUCCUUUCUGACCAUUGCACAGUUCUGAAGAGCUGUCUAAAGACAUGGUCCUCUGACCACUGGAAGGGUCUAGCUAAUUUCCUCAAACUUACAGUAAAAACUGACAGAAGUGAAGCAUGUCCUUGCCUCUUCAUUGAUCUCUCUUCCCUUUUCUUUCACACACAUACAAAUUUUCUGUUUCAAUUUACUGUGCUUCUUACCUCUGGUAGAUAUGCUUAUAAGACUAUAUAUUCUCUGUCUGAAACUGAAAGCUCAGACACCACACACGUCUGUAUUGAUCCACAUACCGGCACUGUAAGUAUUCUAUUAUUUCCAGGGGAGAUUUUAAACCACCCCUUUCCUUUUAGGAUACCCUUUUUGUAGGUUUGGUGUGAAAUAAAAAAACAUAUGUGCA